AUGCUGUCGCUCGUUACCGUUCCGGCCACAGUUGCGUUAUUAUUUCUUGGAGGAGUGGAUGCGUUCUGGCGCAUGAACUGUGGUAUCAUACACACUGGUCGAGUCGAUCCUUUGGUCAACCCAGGAGCUGUCGCUGCUCAUGCCCACACUAUUGUGGGAGGCUCAAACAUCGGCGUCAAUGCAACCUUCAACACCCUUCUAAACUCCGAAUGCACAUCAUGUGAGAUCGCUGCAGACAAGUCGGCGUACUGGACGCCUAUCCUAUACUAUCAGUAUCCGAACAAUACCUUCCUUGAAGUACCGCACAGUGGCAGCGUCGUCUACUAUCUUGCUCGCGGCCCAAAUGCAGACAAGAUCAUACCCUACCCGAAAGGCUUCAUGAUUUUGACCGGCGACAAAGGAGCACGAAGCUACGACAAUGAGACGAUGACAUGGGGCAACGCAACGUACCCUGGCAGACCAAUCGCAGACCGCAUCAGUUUUGUCUGCCUGCCGGAUGGACCGCCCCUGCCGGAAGGCCGACAUAUGUUCAACACCACCUGCGCCAACGGCAUGCGUGCACAGAUCGCUUUCCAGUCAUGCUGGAAUGGUAAAGAACUAUACAAGGCCGACAACAGUCACGUCGCGUAUCUGAACGACAUCGACAAUGGAAUCUGCCCGCCUGACCACCCCAUCCAGCUGCCGACGCUCUUCAUCGAGACGCUCUGGGCGGUAGCCCAAGUGUCGGGACAGACUCCUCAAGGACGUUUCGUGUUCUCGCAGGGCGACCCAACUGGCUACGGCUUUCAUGCCGACUUCCAGAAUGGAUGGGACAGCAGCGUGCUUGCACAAGCGGUGCGAGAUUGCUUGGUGCCGGACAACUUCGGUCAGAUCUCAUACUGCCCUGCCCUUCAAGCAAGUCAGACGAAUGGCUACCCGUUCAACUGCCCCGAACGGCCAUCCCAGAUCGACGAGCCCGUGCAUGGCCUGCUGGACCACCUACCAGGAUGCGUCGAGGUCACUGAAGGACCCGAGGUCGCUCCAGCCAGCUCGAUGAACUGCCCUGCAAGCGUGCCGAAACCGAAGAUCUUCAGCACGAAAGACUCCACUCCACGACCAACAGCUGUACCCUUACCCGGACAGAACUUCGGUCUUCCUCAGCAGAAGUAUCUUGGUUGCUACAACGACAGCGCAAACAGCAUUCGUGCCUUGAAUGCCCUCCAGACCACGAACUACACAGCAAUGACUGUCGAGUUCUGUCAAAACUACUGCAUGCAGAAUGGCUACCGUCUCAGUGGUCUUGAGUAUGCGCAAGAGUGUCACUGCGACAAUCAGCUCAAUCCUACAGCAAUCAGCGGCUCGAACCAGUGCACUUGGAACUGCGGCGGCACCAUGACCUUGGGAAAAGGCACGCAGCAGUUCUGUGGUGGCCUAAGUGUGAUCAGCAUCUACAAUAACACGGACCCGACCUUCAAGGAGACGGGUGACAUGUCCAAUACGGCCGGCAAUGCGCAGCCGUACCAAGAUGCCGCACCCUUUGCGUCAAAUUACAAGGGCUGCUACUCCGACAAUCAGCCUGCUGGGCGAGCUCUCACGGGUGCCUUUACUCAGACCAGCUACAACAUGACGUUGGAGUAUUGUGCCAACUUCUGCACGCAAGGCAACAACGGGCUGGGUUUCCAGUACUACGGACUUGAGUUUGCCAGCCAAUGCUGGUGCGGCAACGCCAUCGCCAACGGCAACACCCUCCUGACCCCCACCAGCAGUCCCAACAACUACACCUGCUCCCAGCGCUGCCCCCGCGCGGGUGCUGAAAUCUGCGGCGGUCCCAGCGUGCUUAGUGUGUACAACAACCCCAGAUACGUGCCGCCCGUCAACAAGAAAUCCAUCGGCAAAUAUCAGUCGAAGCAAUGCCUGCUUGACCCCAAUAGCGGUGGACGUACUUUACAGGGCGCCAGCAUGACGGAUCCGAAGUUGACGGAGGAGUCGUGCGUGAAGUUCUGUCUUGGGAAGAGGUUCCAUUACGCGGGGAUGGAGUAUGGGACGGAAUGUUAUUGUGGGGAUACGAUCUUGAGAAACAUCGGCGGCCAGCAGGUGACCUGCGACGAGUCCAGGAUCAUGACUUGUGGUGGUGAUAACCGGGAGUACUGUGGCGGGCCAGGGUUCAUGAGUCUUUACUACUCGGCAACGUUGUGA